AUGGAUCCCAGAAGGUUCGAGCAUGUGGCCCACAGGGGUCGCAGAAUAGAACGAGGAAAUGUAGAUCUCCGAGGCCCCAAAGGAGCAGAAAGAGCCAGGGACACCAUGGUUCAGCUACCCACAAGAUUGGCUGGGGCUCUCACCCAGGAACAAUUGUCUGCAUAUCAAACGAUGUUUAGAAUUCAAGAGGUGACCGCAGAGCUGCGUUCUAGUGACAUAAGACCUCCUCAGAAAAGAAAUAGAUCGCCUUCGCCACCACCAGCAUACGAUACUCGGGGUAAAAGAAUAAAUACAAGAGAACACCGAUAUAGAAGGAAGCUUGAAGAAGAAAGGCAUCGUCUAGUUGAGAUUGUCUUGAAAAUGUUACCGCAUUUUGUUGCACCUGAGGAUUACAAAAGACCUGUGAAGUUUCAAGAUAAGUACUACAUUCCAGUAAGCCAGUAUCCGGGCAUAAAUUUUGUCGGUCUUCUGUUAGGCCCUCGUGGUAAUACACUCAAGAAACUACAGGAAGAUUCGGGGUGUAAAAUAGCUAUUAGAGGCCGUGGAUCGGUGAAAGAGGGUAAAAAUGCUCACGAUUUGCCAAAAGGUGCUAUGAACUUCUCUGAUCCUUUACAUUGUCUCAUCAUUGCAGAUAGUGAGGAAAAAAUUCAAAAAGGGAUUAAAGUAUGUGAAAAUAUCGUAGUAAGAGCAGUCACUUCUCCAGAGGGUCAGAACGAUCUGAAGCGAGGCCAAUUAAGGGAAUUGGCAGAACUAAAUGGUACAUUAAGAGAGGACAAGAGACCAUGCAACGCAUGCGGUUUACAGGGACACAAAAAUUACGAAUGUCCCAGUGCAGAAAGCGUUCCUCGAACAGUUCAAUGCAGGAACUGCGGGCAGCAGGGUCAUGUAACGAAUGACUGUGUUGAGGAUAAUUAUCAGCAGACGCAAGUGACACAAUCCGGAAGGUACAAUCGUUAUACCGACACAAGGGAAUUUAGCUCGCAAGACAGAAAAUUUGAUGUUAAAGGGCAUAAUAAAUAUAACAGUUUUGGCGGCAAUUUACCAUCUCCAUUGUCAUCCUCUUACAAAUCACGUUUCACACGGACAACAGCGGAUCAAUCGUCUUUUCAUGGUUAUGCUGAUAAAUAUGACUACGGAAGAUCAGAUUUAUCUCAAUCUACUCAUGGAGAAACAGGUUUUGGUGCUCCGCCACCUCCAGGAAUGGAUUCUCAAAUAGACCAGUCUAUUCAGUGGGCUGUGCCCGGAAUGACCUUGUCAAAUUCAGUAAAGCCUCUCAGCAAACCUGAUACAUUGCCUCCAGGCAUGAAUUUACAACCCUCUUCAGCUGUUCCAGGUGCUGAUAGUGAGCUCGAAUUCCAAGCGCUCCAUGGUCCACCGGGCCUUGCAUCAGAAGAGGAUGUGGGAGCACCAGAAGACCUUCAAAAACCCCCUGGUCUAUAA